AUGGCGCCAUUGCUUCGAUCGCGGCGGAAGAACCUCGCGUGCCACUACUGCGGUCGCAGAUCAGACCUGCAAUUCAACGGCCAGUCGUCAUUCGACUGCAAGUAUUGCGAUGCGACAAAUUGGCUAGAUGAGCAAGGAGGCAUCGCGGACCCCCCGGCCACGAGCUUGACAUCAGACGGUGGCAGUCCGGCACCGCGCUUCAUACCGAGAACAAUACGCCAGCGCUCGAUGUCUCCGACCUCGAGACCUGUCGCAUCCCCCACCACGAGCGGGUCCAUAUUCUGUGCAAAAUGCCAGAGAAAUCAGGAGAUCUUGACCUCAGUUCUCAAGGAGUACGAGCUCCCAGAUGAUCCUCGCGACCCCGAGUAUGCGGUGCGAGUCAAGAAAUUUGGCCCAUACAAGCGUGGCUUUGAGGCACGAUAUCCGCAGGUGUGCGCUGAAUGCGAACCAAAAGUCCAGCAACAACUACAGAAAGCGAGCUACACGGCGAAGACUGAUUACCUUCGGCGGAUGAUGGACCGCACCAAGGCUCAUCGCCACGAAGUCAAGAAGCGAGGCGCCUUGGACUAUGUUGACCUCGCCGGGAGGUGGACAUGGCAAGCGGCCUUGAUCCUGCAGCUUGUCUGGCACGCCACAGUCCUCUGCUGUCUGCUUGCGGAGCAUGAGGGCGGCACACCCAAAGAACAUUGGUCCAUUGCUUACUUGCGCAAAGCAUCGCUGCUCGUCUCGACAAGAUUCCCUCACCAAGACCGCUUCGUGUCUUGGGCAUUCAACCUAGGGCUCCGCCAGUGGUAUAGCUACCAAGUUGGCUUUGUUUUGAUCAGAUGUGUGUGUUUGUUCAUAUCUCAGUAUAAGGACGCAAAAGGCAUAACAGCCAUGAAUCAACUGGGUGCUCAUCUUUUUAUUGCCGGUUUCACAAUUUACGUUUAUAGGGUGGCCGGCAAGUCGAUACGAACGGAUAAUACCCCUUUGUUUGGUUCCCAUGCAUCGACGAGAUCCAAUUUCCAAGUAUCACCACCUCCUAGACCCCGCGAGUUUACCAACGACCUCGGCGGCAUACUUGAUGAGAUCUCGUUCUCGGCAAAUGAAAAUGCACCCAAACCAAGCACGUCAUUCUCCAGCACGAACCCUGCUUCAUCAUUUGGCAGCCAAGGCAGCACACUGGGCUCUUCGUCCAUAGUACCCGUAAAGCCAUACCGCCGUGAUCUGGGCAUCGGCUCGCUGGGGCUUGCAGAUACCCCAACAACGCCGCAGCAGCAAGAUCAGUCGAUGCAAUACGGGGAGGAAAUGGACUGGUCCCCUUCUGGUUCUCAACAUCGAGCCUUCAGCACCCAUAACCCAUACAAGGUUAAGAAUCCCAAUCCUCGAUUCAACGACCUGCCAAUAGAGCCCAAACCAGGCGCAUUCUGGUACAAAGUGCCACCCGCGCCUGUCAAUCCCGCACAGAAGCUUCGAAAUCCCCCGAUGAAACCCAUCAUCAGGGAGAGCCCCAAGGAAGCGCCGGAAAACUUCUUCAAGAAGCCCGCGAGAACACUUGAUCUUGGGUCAAAUCCUAGGAACGAGUCAAGCUUUACACUAAGAGACCCGCAGUUCUAUGCUCCGGGGCCGAAGAACGAUCCUACAGAUGGGCUUUCCAAUAUGAUGGGGUCUUUCAGUAUCAGUCCGAGCCCGGAUGAUCGCGCGGCGGCCACAAGGAGAAAUGCGGGCAGCAGUGCACUCGCGGCGAAUGGCGUUCCCGCGGAGGACCCGAACAGGACGAAGGGCCGGAUGGCCGAGCUGAUCAUCUUGUUUGCAGCUCUUUGGACCUGGGUCACGGCACUUGGGACACCUGAAACGUAUGGCCCAACACUCGCUCUGGGUGCUAUGGGCGCCUGUCUCCUCAUCUCGAUGCGAUUGACGCUCGACCUCCACGUCGAUGCCCAAAUCAAGGAUGGAGAGAAGUACUCUGUUCUUCGCCUUUCAUGGCCGAAUCUUUGCGCGCAUCUGGGGAUGAUACAGGUGGUGGCGUCUUUGGUACUGAUGUGGCGGAUCUGGUCUAGCAGCGAGGGUCACAUUACGUGCGGUGUGCACGGAAACGCGCUCCUGGGCGUUGUUGUGGCACAUCAGGUUUGGCAAGUAUUUCUUUGA